UUAGGCACAGCUGUUUCCAUUCAUAAGCCUCGGAAGUGCAAGGAGAGAAAACCUAUCUUGUCUGCUCCAUCCACGUGACUCAUCUCUGGGGAGGGGGAUAGUGUAGGGUGGGUCUGGAAAGCUGGGCUACGUCACUCUGCACCCCUCCCUUUCUCUGUCCAUUGGGAGGCAGAAGACAGGAAAUGACUGUCAUGGAUGUGGUAUGAUUUUUACCAAAACAGCAUUUUGCAGCUCAAGCCCCAUGCUAUCCACAGCUGUUUUCCUCUCUUACCAGCCAGGUGGCCCCCUCCCUUGUGUUCCCUUCCUCAUCCCUUCACAUGACUUUAGCCUUUGGAUUCUCAGCUCCUGGCUGCUUUCCACAUUCCAGUCCCCUUUCAGAACCCAGGCAUCCUGGCCUCCAGCUGAAACCACUGCAUGUGGCUUCCCCCAUCCCUGGCCCCGUGACUCAGGCCUUCUGAAGGGACCAGCCCUCUUGGCACUCACCAGGAAAGGGGCAGGGGGAGGGGGGCUAGGUGGUGACAUCACAGUUGAAGGGUAUAAAAGCUUCGAGUCAAGCAGAAUUGAAAUUGAAGACACAAAACCUGACUGCCGCCUGUGCUCCUGGGGACCCCUCGUCCUGACACCCACAGACGUUUGGCCGCAGACUCCCACUGCAUCAAGGCCUAGCACUGGUGAGGGACUGUGGUGGGCCAGGAGUCGGGGCAGUGGAGAACAGGCAGCACUCCUGUGACAGACUCCAUGCUGGGCUCUCCCUUCCUUCUGUGGCUCCUGGCUGUCUCAUUCUUGGUUCCCAGAGUGCAUCCCUUGACCCCUGAAGACUUUGAAGAAGGGGAGGAAGAUGGGACACUGAGGUCACCUUUGCCAGCUGUCCUCUGUGACUACGACCGCUGCCGCCACCUGCAGGUGCCCUGCAGGGAGCUGCAGAAGGCCAGCCCGACGGCCUGCCUGUGCCCGGGGCUCUCCAGCCCUUUGCAGCGGCCCUCUCCGCCACGCCUGGGAGAAGUGCACGUGGUGGCCGAGGACAGCAGUGCGGUAGUACACUGGUGUGCCCCCUCCUCCCCGGUCCAACAGUACUGGCUGCUGCUUUGGGAAGGCAGCGGGGCUCCCCAAAAGGGCCCCCCCCUCAACUCUACCAUCCGCCGAGCAGAACUGAAGGGACUGAAGCCCGGGGGCACUUAUGUUGUUUGUGUGGUGGCCGCUAACUCGGCAGGAGAGAGCAGCCUGCCCUGGGCAGGUGGCCAGGGCCCCGAGGGCACUGCCGGCCCUGCCUUUGGGCCCUGCGGCCGGCUGGCCGUGCCCCCACGACCUCUCAGCCUGAUCCAUGCAGCCGUGGGUGUGGGCACGACGCUGGCUCUGCUGAGCUGUGGCGCCCUGGUCUGGCACUUCUGCCUGCGCCAGCGCUGUGGCUGUCCCCGCCGCGCUCAGCCCGAAGCAAGGCUCUGAAGCAGCCCAUGGGCAUCUCAGCCACGUGGGACCCGCCACCCGGCAAGCUCAGCUGGGGCUCCUGGAGGAGGUGCAGGCCGCUGCUGCCCGGUGCAGCCCGGGUCCCUCUGAGCCUCUGUGCUCUGCCUGAGAGCUCAUGCAGGUCCUGCCUGGCUCAGGCUGCGGAAGGAGUAUAGAGGGUCUGCGAAGUUUUUCUUAGAGGACCACAUAGUAAAUGAUUUCCGCUUUUGUGGUCCUGGAGGAUAAAAUCAAAGAUGUUGGUACUUGUAUAACCAUGUAACCAAUUAUAACAAUGUAAAAGCCAUUCUUAUUCUUAGCUCAUGGGCCUUAUAAAUCAGGCCUUGGCCAGAUUUGGUCCAUUGGCUGUAGUUAGCAACCUGGCCAUACACUCACAGACGGGCUCUGUCACUAUGGGUGGCUUCUGUGGGAUUUUAAAAAUAAGCUGCUGCAGGAUAGGAGUUUGAGGCCAAAGACUAGUCCUUUUUCUGCUUUUUGUUUAGAUUUCCAGGAUGGGCACACCUGACUCAGAAUCCACCCGUGUCUGAGGUGGGUGGAAAUAAAUGACUGACAUGGAGUGGAGAAGAGAGGGACAGCCCAAGCUGCUGUCUGGGACAAGUUUGCAUUUUUGUCAGUUUAAAAAAUAAUAAAAUGGGCGGCUGGAUGACUCAGUUGGUUACAGCACAAGCGCUGAACAACAGGGUUGCUGGUUCGAUUCCCACAUGGGCCAGAUGAGCUGCGCCCUCCACAACUAGAUUGAAGACAACGAGCUGCCACUGAGAUUCCGGAAGGGCGGGUAUAUGGCUCAGUUUGUUAGAGUGUGAGCUCUCAACAAGAAGGUUGCUGGUUCAAUUCCCGCAUGGGAUGGUGGGCUGUGCCCCCUGCAACUAAAGAUUGAAAACGGUGACUAGAC